AUGAGCCUCGCCGACGCCGCGCCCAUCACUGCCGGCGACAGGCUGGCACAGCUUGAUAUUACAGACGACAGCAGUCGUGGCACCUCGACGCCGCGUGCUGCUCUUAUCAACCCCCCCUCCAACCCAACUCCUGCCGCGCCAGCCGACGACGACAAGCCGAGCUCCAAAGGCAAGAAGCGUGCUCUCUUUGGGUUCGGCAAGAAGAAGCCGUCCUCGUCCCCUACGGGCUCGCCGGCUGACGCCAAGCCUCCGUUGCUAACAAAGAGUUCAUCCAAAAUGCCGGGCAUCACGCACUCGACGCACAGCUCCCGCGACUACCCACUGCCCUCACCAGCCUCACCUAGUCGAGCUCUGUCCGCCUCGCCUCGUCUCUCAUCUCCUGCUGGCUCUCAAAUCUUUGAGCGGGACGUCCAAGAUAGCACCGUCCUCAAACCCAACUCGCCCGCUAUACCCACCCACAUCCAGACGGAAAACUAUAUUCCCCCGGUGCUCGACGAUGCCUCCGAGGCCAUUACCAACAAUAAGCUUGAUCCUGAUGCUGUCGAGAUUGUCACGCACUCGUCGCAUCUGCCCGCCUCAGUGACUGUGACAGGCGCCCCCAACAGUCCCAAUGACCACCAGUCCUCUACCGAGUGGGCAGCCGAGCUGGCUUCCUUCGCCGACCGUAUUGGUGUUUCUGGUGAUACUGCUUCCAACUACGGAUCCCUAGACUCGGCAGAUGUUCGACGAUUGUCUUUCAUCUCCUUUGCCGAUGUGGUGCAGUCUGAGCACAGCGCCUCGCUGCGCAGCCCCGCGUCUCGGGAAAAUAUACACUUGGCAGGCUUGACGUCUUUGCCGUCGUCCGCAUUAAACCGAUCACCUUCGCCCAUUCGCUCGCCUGUCUCGAGCCAAGGUCUUGGAACGUCCCCGCCAACGAGCAAUCCCGGCAGCAUGAAGGGUGUUGAGAUGAGCCCGCCGCGCAAGCUCAUGGGCAGCCCCAAGAGCACCCAGCAUUCGCUUGCCGCGCCUAGCGAGCUCAAUAUCGAAACCAUGCGACAGGCCCUUCGGCGAACAGGUAGCACAGAUCUGGCUGGCGCGCGCAGCAUGCCUGUGAGCCCCAUCGACGGACCUGGCUCUCGCUGA